UUGUUCUCGAACGCGUUCGAUCUAUUUACACUAUUUCUAAGAGCCCUUAAACGUGACGUGGCUUCGGCUGCCGACACCGGAAGAGGAAUGGUGACCGACGUACAGCUGGCCAUCUUUGCCAACAUGCUUGGCGUGUCGUUGUUCCUGCUGGUGGUUUUAUACCACUACGUUGCUGUCAAUAACCCCAAGAAGCAGGAGUAG